AUGCCAACUCAAGAAGCAUUCAGCAAUGACUCCAAAUCUUUCCUGGGUCGCCUCGCCGACAAAGCAUCGGAAAAUUCUACUAAGACAGCCAAGGCUCAAGAACGAUACGAAGAGGUUUCGAAGGUACUUAAAUUAGUUGAAAGUUCCGUGAAGAAUUACCGGGGCUUAUCGCAAGAGAGGUUGAGAAACGGGGAUACCUCACUGAGACAGACUGUGGAGAAGAGGAUAAGUCAAAUCACCGAUAAUAGUAAACUUCAUACCGAUAAUCCCAAGGAAAACUUACGAAGGAUCAAAGAUGCAUGGAGCUUCCAUCCCUUGGGAGUGGAAUUAUCCUGGUACAAUCAAGAGAUUGCGGAGAAAGAGAUCAUUCAGAGUCUUAUGCUGGAUAAUGUCGAUAUCCUUCCUGAUGCGGUGAAGAACACAGAGACGGAGGUCUACUCUGCAGCUAUAAGGGAGUUCAAGCAUACCAGAUCAAACGAUCCAGCUUCGCAAUCUGCUUUAACCCUAACCCAUGAAGAAUUGAUUAACGACUGGAACAAUCCUAUCAAAAAUGAUAUCAGAGCUUUCAUCGAGACCGCCUGCAGCACUAGGUUUCGCGAUACGAUCACCAAACGCCUUAACCUCUCGACAGACUAUAUCAAUGAACGUCUGCCUGAGAGAUCCCCAAUGGGCGCCCAAGUUCUCACGUCAAGACACCCGAACGCCCCGACCCAUCUGAGGAUCACUGUGGGCACUUCCUACCCCUUCGAUAAGGUCCGUUCCAAAUCAUUGAAAAUUCCUUGUUUCCCCUUCCAGCACAAUGGUAAGGUAUACUCUGCCCUUGAGGCUGGAGAAGAAGGGGAGAUCGAGAAUACUGCGAAGAGGUUGAUGAAAGAUCUGGCCCGAUCCAUCAGAUCUUUGCCUACCAGCGAGGGGCUUUCGGAAGAUAUGAUCCAACAUGUAGCAGGAUCUGAUCUGUCGACUAUAGCGAAAUCCGUUGAUGACGAUCCCGCCUUACUUGAGACGGCGCAUCGGUCAAGGCUUAUUGAGCGAUAUCGCUUUAUGCCUACACCUGAAGCUGAUCUUGCAGAGAGUUUGACUUUGAGACUUAUUUGGAACGCGUAUGAUAACGGCGCUGGCCAUUUCUUCUCAAGGGAUAUUGUCAAACCUGACGACACCCUUCUGGAUACUUCGAGAUAUCUGGUGUAG